AUGGUAUUUGCGGACGAAGAGCAGCCUCUGCUCAGAAUUAUAUCACACGAGUACGAAAGUAUUCAACAGGAGCGCGAUGGUGAAGAAGCUGGGAAUGACGCGCUUGAUUUUGAACCUUUGGACCCUGAAAACCCUAGGAAUUGGUCGAAAACGUUUAAAUGGGGAAACGUCUUUUUGCUUGCCCUGAUGGCAUUUACAGUCACGUUCACUUGCAUCGGCGUUGUGCCGGUGGCUAGCACGAUUGUUGAGGAUCUCGAUGGGAAGCACUCAAGCUCUGCAAACAGCGCCUUACUCGUUACUAUCUGGGAACUCGGAGAAGCUGCCGGACCUCUGCUCAUCGCACCAAUGUCAGAAAUCUUUGGAAGAUAUCCUGUUUUCAACGCUUGUAACAUCGGAUUCAUCGCUGCAACUAUUCUAGCAGUAUUAAGCCAGAACAGCGGCGUUUUCAUUGCUGCUAGGAUGCUCACGGGCCUGUGCGUCGCCUCAAAUGUUCUCAACCCAGCGAUCAUUGGAGACAUUUUCGAGAGCGAAGAACGUGGUUCCGCAAUGUCUCUGGUUAUGCUUGCACCAUUAAUUGGAGGGGCCAUCGGCCCUGCCAUCUCGGGCGCAAUCGCGCAGACGCUAGGAUGGCGUCGCAUGUUGACCAUUGCCGCGGCAUUGGCCAUUGUGUGCGAGGUCCUGUUCCUUGUCUACUUCAGAGAGACCUACAAGAUGACUAUCUUGAGGAGGAGAGCAGCAAAGACGAUGCAGGAAACCGGAGAAAUCUCCGAAUCCAAGACUACGCAUGAGCAUCUAGCGAAGCUAUGGCACUCGAUGACCCGGCCCUUCGCGGUACUGUUCGGGUCGACCGUACUCAUGCUUCUCUCUUUGUUCGCUUCCGUAGCGUUCAGCUUCUUCUACGUCGUCAGUGUCUCACUACCGAUUAUUUUGAUCGAGAAGUAUGAUUUCAAACUUGCCAUGAUUGGUACUACAUUCAUCUCAUUCAGCGUUGGAUCUUUCUGCAGUGUCCUAGUCUGCAACUUCACACUCGAUAGGAUAUAUGUCAAGCUUCGUGGUCCAGAUGGUGCAAAAGGAAAGCCCGAGUAUCGCCUUCCUCUCUCCAUUAUCGGUGCGAUCCUGCUGCCCUUCUCCGUAACAGCGUAUGGCUGGAUCGCUGAGUAUCGUCUCCCUGUACUCUUGCUUCUUGCCUCUGUCGCCCUCAUGGGAUUCUCGCUCCUUCUUACAGUCAUACCUUUAUCUGCUUACGUCGUUGACGCUUGUGGCAUGUACUCUGCUUCGGCUAUGACUGGCGUCAUUGUCACCAGAUGUCUCAUGGGUACUUUCCUGCCACUGACCACCGGGCCACUGUCUGAUGCUCUCGGAUAUGGAUUGGGUUUCAGCAUCCUGGGCGCGUUGAGCCUAUCUUUGACAAUCAUUCCGAUGUCGAUCUUCAAAUUUGGAGAGAAGUGGCGACAACAUUCAGAGUUUACGAAAGACUCUUGA